UGCUAAUAACAGAAGAAGCAAACCGCGCAACUUGUGUCCAAAUAGGUUUGAAAUUUGUAAGCGUAUAUUGUAAUGAGUCCACCCGAAGGCCGCGGAACAUCCAGAUUUGUUCGCGGCAGAUCACGUGGCAGCGGUAGCUAUCGUCCUUAUUUCUAUUUUCGUCGAAAUGGUCGCGUCAUACCAGCUGGCGGCACUCGUCAGCCCGGAUCAGAACAAGAUUCUAUUACCAGAGGUAUUGCACAGCCACGAGGGUGGAGUCGUAGUCGGUCCGAUGCUGUCGCACGGCGCAAACGCGUCACUAAUGCGUCAAUGGAUUGCAGUUACUUGCGCCCAGAAAACUACGCUGCUCCAGAGGAUGCCCUGCAGGUGCGCAGUGUACUUGUGGACAAUCCACGCGCUUGUCCUGGAUGGCGUUUGUACUUUAUGCGUGAGGAAUACGUCGAGGGCAGCGAGAUGGCCAAGCGCAUUAUAUCCGUGGAAGCGCACUACCAGCGUAAUCCAUUAAUAUAUAAUAUAACACUCAUACGCCAAAGUGGACGCUUUCAACUCUCAGCGCCGGUCAUCAUGCACGACGAACAGCUAAAGCAGGUGUGGCCCACACUGAAAGAGGAUUUGCAGAGACAGCCACUACGCACACUCUCAACUGUAGCCGUGGCCAUGCACACGGUUGUCGUUAAUAAUGGGCUCGAUGAAGCGGCGGACACCAUUUUGCCAGCAAUAAGCACAAAAGAUAUGUAUAUACCACCCCGUGGACGCACACGCAAGAUUUACGUACGUCCCGAAGACUUUGUGGCAGUGGAGCUGAUCAGCAGCAUAAGUCAUGCUCGCGUGGAUAGCAUGUUCGCAGUGCGUGGUAUUGUGAGCAGCGUUGGCGAACCGACCUAUGGCCUGGCAUGGCAAGCCUUCCAGUGCACACGCUGUUACACAGAACAGUCGCUGCGCCAGCGUGGGACUUUCUCACCACGUCCGUAUCACUGCAUGAAGCCUCUCUGUAGUGCCAAGGACAAUUUUCUGGCACUACGCAGCUCGCCCUAUACGCGUCUUUCAGUGCGUCAGAUCAUACGGCUAGAGGAGACAAGCAUCUCGCUGCUGACGGACUAUGAGAACACGUUUACCGGUGAACUGGACAUUGAGUUGCGUCAUGAUCUGGUGGACUCUGUGCAAGUGGGACAAGAGAUUAUAGUCACGGGCGUUAUAAAGCUUCGCGAGCUAUGCGACAACAGUGAACAGCCAUCGACAUCUGCAGCUGCAGCAACUAGCGGUGAUAUGCAGGCGUAUAUGCGUGCCUGUAGUGUGCAGCAGGCACGUUUCAUCAAGCCAGAGUUUAGCGAACGCGAUCUGAAAGUCAUUUCCAUGAUCAACUCGGAGUCCAAUAACUUUAAGUUGCUGGUACAAUCGCUGGCUCCGGAGGUGCACGGUCAUGAGAUGGCCAAGGCUGGGUGCUUGCUGUCACUACUCGGCGAAAAAGUCAACGUACUGCUAGUCGGUGAUCCGGGCAUUGGUAAAUCCAAGCUGCUGCAGAGUUGUGCUCAGAUUACCGAGCGUGGUGGCUUUGUUAGCGGCAAACGUGGCAGCCAGGCGGGUAAUCAAUUGGGUCUCAACUUCAGUGGUCGCAACAAGCGGGUAAUGGAUGCAGGUGCCCUGCUUAUGGCUAGCACUGCGGGUCACUGCAUGGUGGAUGGCGUCGACAAGUUGGCUUCGAAGCAGACGCUGUUGCUGCAGUCCAUGCAAGCAGGUCAGCUAAAUAUGGUACUUCCUGGCGCGUUUGCCUCAUACGAAGCGCAACCUGCGAUCAUAGCCAGUGCCAAUCCCCAACGUGGGCUGUACGAUCAAUCGCGUUAUUUGCUGCAGAAUAUACGGAUUACUAUGACCCUGCUUAGGGAGUUUCAUUUGGUCUAUGUGCUGCUGGACAAGCCUUCGACCACGCGCGAUAUAUCUCUCACAGAACAUGUGCGUGCCCUGCACGCUGGUUCCAAAAAGCGUUCCCAGAUCGCGGCACGCUUCGUGCUAAAGCCCAAGAAAAGCGAUUCUAUGUGCGAGAAUACGUUGAAUGAGACGUCCGCUGUGCAGGCGAAUGACGACGAUGAUGAUGAUAAUGAUAGCAUUAUGCAGCAGGAUUAUGAUUUGGAUAAGCGAUUGGAACAUAGUGUCCAAGAGCAUGGCGAACUUGAUCUACUGCCACCCAUAUUAAUUAAGAAGUUCAUUGCCUAUGCCCGACAUCAUGUCAAGCCGCUGCUCAACGAUGCAUCUACCAAAACCAUCAGGCGACAUUUCCUGGAGCUGUACCGACGCAGCGAGAUCGAGCAUGAGCAGAGCCAAAUAGGAAUGGGCCAGCUGCUCGGCCUAAUUUGCCUUUCGCAGGCACGUGCCCGUCUGGAUCUUUCCAGCACUGUAACACCGCUGCACGUGCGGGAUGUGAUCGCUGUGGUGUCAGAGAGUAUGGCGCAGACACGCCUUGGCGCCGCAUCUGCUGACCAAGCAUCAGCACCAAGCAGCUCCAGCAAAGGUUCACAGCUACAGAACUUUGUGCGCAUGAUGCAGUUGCGAUCGGCUGCGUUGGGUCGGCGCAUUUUUGAAUACGAGGAGCUAAAGGAGAUGGGCACUCGAGCGGGUAUUAUGACGGGCGUCACUAAAUUGGUGGAGCUUGCCAACAUGGGCGGCUAUUUGCUCAAGAAGGGCGUAAACAUGUACGAAGUGGUGCCCCAUUAAUCGAAAUGUCUAAGUAAAUAUGCUAACAGUGUUUGAACUAAUGUAUUUAUUUUUAAGCUUUGUUGCGUCUAGAACACUGUCUAGGUAGAAUACAAUGUGGUAUUAGUUUCCUAUUUAACUUAUAUUCGUACACAAAUUAAAUGGUUACCAAAACGUUGCUUAAGCAAAAAAACCUUUGGAUUUUUUUUUCCAUCCUCUACUGAUUCUUGGACCUCUACAAUGUCAGUAAAUGUUCAAAAUAACUUUUGUUUUUAACAUCAAGACGUGCUAAUUCAAGUUCUUAGAACGGGAAAAAUGUAGAGGAACUGCUAAUUUUACGUUUGAAACAUCACUAUCGCGCCAUCUAGCGACGACUAGUAAAACAAGUUUUCGGCAUAAAAACUUGCAUACUU